AUGAAGAAAUGGCAAGUUUAUGUGGUGGUCAUAUCCCUAUUCGUCCAUUUGGUGGCGUCACAAGUGGAAACUAUUACUGAGGGGAGAACAGGGGAGAUUACCAAUAAGCUUUUUGAUGGUAUUCGUGGGAAGAGAACGGUGGAGAUUAUCAAUAAGCUUGGUGGUGGCUUAACACUAACACUCCAUUGUAAGUCUAAGGAUGACGAUCUCGGUGUCCAAACUCUCGCACCGGAUAGUAGGUGGUCGUUCAAUUUCAUAGAGGAAGAAGAUUUGCUUAGGUUCAUGAUUAAGGAAGAGGUUGAUCUUGUGUUUCCUAUGUUUGAUGGUGCUGCUGAGACUGGGAAAAUCACUAGAAAAGCUUUCACAGAAUGGGUGAAUAGUUAUUGCCAAGACCGGCCCAGAAUGCAAGUGAUUGAUUAA